CGAUUUGGUCACCCCUGAAACGGUACUUUGGAAAGAAACCUCAAGGAUUUCCGUUUCUCAAGACCUUACCAGACUGAGAGAGAGAGAGAGAGAGAGAGAGAUUUUUCUGAGAAAAGUGAUUAUUUUUUCACCGAAAUUAAAGAGAAACGCGCUCAAUGGUCUCUUAAGAUCGGAAUCUGAAAUGGAUUAGAUUUCUAGGGUUUCGAUCUAUCCUCUUUCGUUUGAUUGUAUGUUUGUUUGUUUUUUUGUCGCUAAUUGUUCGAUUUCGGAUUCAAUUUAACGAACAUUAAAAUUAUCGUUCUAACCCGCGAUUGUGAUUGGAGGCUCUGAAGAAUCAGUCUUUAGGGUUUGGUUCCAUUCAUUUAGUGGAAAAACGAUGAACGAUCAGUCACAGAUGAUGAAUCAGCAGCCUCCGCAGAUGUUGAACCAGAUGAUCAGCCAGCCCCUGCCUCCCCAGAUUCAGAUGAUGGCUCAGCCCCAAGCUCAGCAGUCUCAGAUUAUGAUGAUGAACCAAUCUAAGCAGCAGUCGCAGCCUCUGCCCAUGUUGAACCGGGGAUACAACAAAGUGUGGCCCCAACACGCUUCGAUGGAUCAUCCUAGCAAUAAGUUUCAGAGCUCUUCUUCUUUGAAGCCCAAUUACACGGCGGCUUUAAAGCCUGGUCGAAGCAAUUGGAAGGGCAAGAAGGUGUCUGAUAAGCACAAGAAUCCGAGAAGGAUGGAGAAAUCAAUGUCAAUUCCCAUGCCGAUGCCUAACCCGGCAAUAACCGGUACUAGUAGUAGUGGGGGAGGGUACAAACCCCCGGCUCUUUACGAAUUGCAGUCCCAGAAUAGAUUUAAAGCCCGGAAAUUCCACCAGAAGAAGAAGUACAACAAUAGGGUUGCGCCUUAUGCGCCUAGGAACACGACGUCGUUUAUAAUCAGGGCUAAGAAGACUGGUGGGAUUGCUGAUCUGGUGUCCCCGUGCCCUGUGACGCCGGCGGUGCUCCCUACGCCAAUAUUCUCCCCCUCGAGGGAAGUGUUGGGGGAUAUGGCAAAGGAGGAGUGGGGUGUUGAUGGGUAUGGGUCAAUGAAAGGGUUGAUUCGACUUCGGUCACCUGGUGGGAAUGAGCACGAGGAGGAGGAAGAAGAGGAGAAUGGUGGGUCGAGUGAGAGUGAUGUUGAGGAGCACGUGGAAGUGGAGAGGAGGUUGGACCAUGACUUGAGCCGCUUCGAGAUGAUAUAUCCAAAUUACAGUGGGUUGGAGUACCAUAAUGUUUUGGAGAAUAGGGUUGAUGAUCAGGAUUCACAUAUAGCGCAGUUGGAGGAGGAGAACUUGACGUUGAAGGAGAGGCUUUUCUUGAUGGAGAGAGAGCUGGGGGACUUGAGGAGGAGGUUGCAAUUCCUAGAGAGACAGAACCAAGUGAUGGGGGAUGUGAAUGAGGAGGUGGUGGAGAAUGGGUCCGAAAACGAUAGCGAGGGCGGGUUGGAUGCCCCAGCUUUAAUGGGUUGCGAGAAUAAUGCAGACAUGGAAUAUGUGCCUGGAAAGGGAGGGAAGGAAAGAACUACUGAUAAUGAGAAUGAUGUGGCAUCGGGUAAUGAGGGUGUAAGCGGUGCUUGUAUGGAAGAGUUUGAAGAAAGGAAUGAGCUUUUACCGAAGGAAGUGAUUGCCGAUCAAAAUGAGCGUAAAGGUGAAGAAAUUAUGAAGGAAAAUGUGGUGAAGGAUGCGGAAAUGAGGACUGAGUCUGUAAGGAAUGAAGUCAUUGCAGUUGAGAAUGGCGCCAAGAAUGAAGAACGAAGGAGCGAUCAUUGCAGUUGAGAAUGACGCCAAGAAUGAAGAACGAAGGAGCGAGUUAUUACCAAAUGAAGCCGCCAUUGCAAAGGAGGUGGUCAAAGUUGAAAAGGUUGCAAAUAAAUUUGUGUCUGAUGUAGAAUUGACUUCGGUCAACGAUGGACUGGAAUUGAAAAGGCAAUGGAUAAUAUUGUGGAGAAGAACGAGUUCACGAAUGAGGAACUGAGGAAUGUAUUCUCAGAGAAGAGCAUUGGCGACGGUGACUAAUUUGUCCCGCGUUAAUGCAUUAGAGUCCAAAGGGAGGCCCCCCACUGCCUCAUUAUUUGAGGAAAGUUUAUGCAAUUCUUGUGUUGCUGGUCAUGGGGUAUAGAAUAAUCAAAGGAUAAUGCUGAUAACUCACACACUUCACUAAAUGAGUUAAAGAAAAUAUAUGAAUUGAACAAUUACUAUUGAGCUCUUUAAUUUUUUGUUAUUAUUGUACAGUUGUAGUGUGGCCACGAUGGUUGCUUUCAAGGUGGAGAGAUGGGAGGUGAGAUGUUAUAGGUCAGAUCUCGUCCAUGGGAUGGUUUUUGAGGUCGGAUCCUGGUUGAAUGUGCUCUUACCCCGCUCUUAUUUCCUAUUGUAUUUGGAGAAUGUGCCGUCAAAGGUUGCCAAUUUUUCUGUUUUUUGGUUGGCACUUGGCAGCCUUAAGAAAGAUCUGUAUCCAUGGGAUAAGAUAAUCCAAGAAAAACGGUAUUGGAUUGGUGCCGUGUAGGCAAAAUGGAAAAAAGUAAGGAUCACUUUUUGCUA